AUGAACCAAUCCAAUGCUUCAUACGCACCAUCCCUUUCCGCACUAGCCUACGCCCUCCCCACGGAACUCUCUAUCUUCGCUGUGACCCUCUGUCUAAACACCCUGGUUCUCAUUAUUUUCCUCACCGAUCACGCCAUGCGCCGCAACCCCUUUAUCACCUACUUAAUCAACCUCAACCUGGCCAACCUCUUCCACGCCACCGUCGGCGUCCCGCUGAAACUCAUCCUGACCUUCGACCCCCACCAACCCCACACCCACAUCUUCUGCGAGACCUACAUCUUCGCCGACUUCGCGCGUUUCUCCUCCGACACCUUGAUGAUGCAGUGCCACGUCCUGAUUACGACGAACCGUCUGUGGGCGGUGCUCUUCCCGAUCAGCUACCAGCAGAAGCACAAGAAGACGACGGCAAAGGUCAUCAAUGCGCUGCCCUGGAUCUACAUCAAUCUGUUUGUCCUACCGGGAUUGAUCGUCGAUGGGGUGUUGUACCGCACUCCGAAGGACAACGUCCUGUGCGUGGUGAACGCGGCGAACCUGCUGCAACAGCGUUUUAUCUACGCGAGUGUGGGACUGUUCUACAUCGCGCCGCUGUGUAUCAUCGUAACGGCGUACCCACUGAUCUGGUACUGGCGUUUCCGCCGCCGAAGGAUCGGGGCACUGCGGGAGGUUUUCCCGGAGGAAGAUGGGGAGGGUCCCGCGCGGCGACCUCGCGUACCCACCGGGCAAAGUUUGCGGACCGUGCGCAGCCGGUCGUUCCUGGUGUUGACUUUGCUGACAGGAUGCGUCUGUGUGUGCUGGACGCCGCAGGUGAUCAACUACUGUUUGAUACUGUUUUUUCGGGUGCGGCGCACCCGGUUCUCCGUGGCGGUGGAGUUGCUGUGGUCGCUGCAGCCGGCGCUGGACCCCAUCCUGUUCGCCAUGGCGCUGCGGGGAUUCCGGGAGAAAGUGGGUGCGUGCCGCAACCGGUUGUGUAAACCGCAGAGGAUUACGACGACGCAUUAG